AUGGCAUUGAUGGCAAAGUUGUCGUUAUCGGACGGCCAAUACCAUACAAUUGAUGGUCAGAAGUUAGAACAAGCUUUUCCAAGAAUUUUCUACAAGUCGUCGAUGACUCUUUGGCUGGCGCCGCAGGAAGAGAGGAGCGGAACGUAA